CUGCCCCCUCCCAUCGCCAUCUCGUUUCUAAUCGCGUUUGCGUCUCCGCGACAAUUGAGUACCUCCCUUACCCCACGCCAACAUCCUCCGCCAAUUUCAAUUUGUUCUAAUUCGUGCAUCGAAAAUAAAGCAUUCUUAUUUAUUACACUCACAGUAAGUACGCACAACAACUGUUUCUGUCGUUCAACGAACCAAAUUGAAAUUGAAAAAAAACCACCAGGCUCUGAUUUAGCAGACUGUUUUUUGAGCUAAAGAUUUGUAUGUUUGAUGAAAUGACGAGGAUGCGACGUCUGCGAGGAGCUGGGGUAAUAUCGUGACGUGUGCUCGCCGCGGUGUGACAGUUCAUCUUCUGCACAACCUGUGUAGUACACGACCUCGUCCAAUCGACCAAUCCUCGCGGAGGAGCUGUAAAAUAAGCUUCAGCUUGUACGUGGUUUAGUACAGCCCCAAAACACCACCUCGACCACCAUGUCGGGCGGCGACGAGGGGCACCGCCGGGUGGCGGAGCCGGAGGUGAAGAUCCCCAUUGUGCGGGUGAAGGAGCAGCCGAGGAGGCAUAAGGUCAUUUAUCCUGAGUAAAAACGUCCCCACCCCAUGAUGGUUGUCAUCCAGAUUUGCGAUUACAGGAAGACUUGUAAUGCGCGUCUCCAUGUUGAGAGGCAUUUCCAAUCGGGUUUUGGAAUUUGUAAUGCUGUAAACAGGAGAAGCAGACGCAGACGGAUUUGUGAUGCGGUUGUCCUUGCUAAGAUGCACUACGCUACGGACUGCAACUUGUCACGCGUGGCUCCCAAAACUUCUGGAUUUGUGUUGCUGAGUUGUUCCAACUUGACAAUGGGGUGGGGAUGUUCUUACAUAUGAUAUCAUUUCCUUCGGGUACAUGGUCACCAUCCCCGAGGAAACCGAUGUGCCUGGGGAAGUGCGAACGGUGGUGCCGGAUGUUUACAAGUUCCAGUACCCGCCCGUGCCGGAAGUGCCGGACGAUCUCGUGCCCGGUGUCAUACUAUCAAAUGCAAAUAUGUCUGGGUCUCGGUCUGGAAACUUGUGAUGCAAAUCUACGAAUUGUGGGCGCACAACAAGAUGCAGCCCAGCAUGACAAGUUUUUGCGCUGCUGUGUGUUUCGUUUUUCGCAUGACAAACUAAAUUUUUGCAUGACAGGCAAGGGGCGCUUUUCCUGCUCAUGCAUCACAGAUUUCAGACUCAUGCCAGACCAGCAUGACAAACUUGCACUUUAUUUCCAGACCCAGACAUAUUUGCAUUUGAUACAUACCCGCAAAUUUUCAAGCCGCUGUGGAGGUGGACGAUACCAGCGUGUUUUUCGAAACCAAAGAGGGUGACAAUGGGCCAGAAUACAGGUACAAUAUAUAUGCAAAUGUUCUGACUCGUACUCGUAGUACAUGUGAUGUACUAGAAGUAGAUCCAUGUAGCCUAGCUCAGAUUCAGCUACUAGCUGCUUGAGGACCGAGGUCUAUUUCGCAGUAUGGCAGUGAGCACGUCAGCUCUUCUGGUGCUCGUGCAUGAACUACAUGGAGAUGAUCUCGUCGAUAAAUAGUGUUAGUGCAAGAAAUAAUAUCCCACGAAAAAACUGUUUCACUGUGAUGGUUUUGCAGGAUCUGCAUCACAAGUUUGCUACACAUGACACAGAAAAUUUGUCAUGCACGUUUUCCAAGGGAAAACACGCCUAAAAAUCCGUUGCGUUGCAGGUGUAGCAAGACAAACACUUUGGCGCUUCGUUCUCUGCAUCACAGGUUCACAGUGAAACAGUUUUUUCUUGCGAUAAAUAACAUACCUCAGGGUCGCGUACGUCCACCCAGAAAACAUUCUCCUCGACUGGACGGAUGAUGUGGACUCCUUGUGGAUUGAGGCCUUGCAGAUAUGCAUUGCAAAUAUGUCUCCUGGGUCUGGAAAGAACUUGUGAUGAGCAUACAUACUCCUGAGUCGUGCAGCCAAGCAUGACAAAUUUCUAGGGCGCUUUUUCAUGCGUAGUGCGCAUCAGAGACAGAGACUGUGCUUUUGCAUGACAAAAGUGGUUUCGAGUUUGCUGAGUAGGCGGUUAGUUACCGUUUUACGCUAUUUACACAGGGACGCCCUGCCCUUAGUUUCCCAACAUGACAAAAGUGGUUUCGGCUUUCUUGUUGGUCAUGCAAUACAGGCUUUACAGGGAUCCCGGACGCGCAACACAGGUUAUAUUUUUCCAGACCCGGACAUAUUUGGGAUGCAUAGCAGACCCUGGAAGACAAUCGCGAAUUGUCCGAGGAGGCGCUGGAUUACCUCGACGCGGAUCCCCUGUCCCUGUUCGGUAUCGCAGACCCGGUCACACAGAAGGCCCUGGAAAAAGCAGCCACCGUGCCAAUGUUAAAGUGCAUGGGACAAAGGUAGAAAUUUUUUUGCUUCACCCUUUAUUUAUUAUUUCCCCUUUUGCUUUCAAAUUCAAACUUCGAUGAAACAAGUGCUCUCACCUUUUCGUCGUGCCAUCAAUACAUGGGCAAGCAUGCAUGAUCAAGAUCAUGGUGUUGCAUUUUCAAAAAUUUGCGUGAAAGAGAAAGAAGUGAGCACGAUAGUUUCUACUACAAGACCACACAAUCACAAUCAAUCGCUCAGGCCUGUGCUUGAGGAGUGGUUUGCGUACUUGAAUGCGGAUCCGGAGGCGGACCGCGAGUUUAGCUGGGUGAUCGAGGCCUUCGCCGAAGUAGAGUUGCCGGUCCCGUGGACAAGUUACAAGGGUGUCGGGUCGAUCGUGUGUUACCUGAACAACGAGUCCCAGGAAACCACGUGGAAGCACCCGUUUUACGACUACUUUGCGCAGCUGCUCGACCACUGCCGAAGGGCGAGUCAGGAGGAGCAUAUCAAACUGCGGUUGAACCGCAUGCUGUGGAUAUCCAAGAAAAAAACAUUGUAGGUGUAACUUUUUUGGAGGAACAGCAUUACAAAUCUGUCUGGCAUGACAGCAAAAACCUGUCAUGCGCAGAUAGUACGUGAAAACGCCCUUUAGUGGGCCCUACAAUGCAUGCCAAGCAUGACAGACGCAAUCAUCUUGCAUGUUCCGCAUCACAAAUUUACACUAACAACGUUUUUUUCUUGGAUAGUGGACCUACGAGGCGGAGAGUCAGCACGACGUGUCGCUGCAACAGCCGUUGAUUUCCCCGCUUUACGUGCAGCAGAUGGCGGAGAUGCUGAAAAUCGACCUGCCGAAGGAACCCUUCAUGGUCCGAACGCUGAAGACUUUUUUGAAGGCGUUUUCGCAGCAGUACCGGCUGGAAGAGGAGAUCGACGCGCAGGAGGUCAAGUGGUGUCUGGAAAUCGUGGAGAACGAGCGCGCGAAGGCCAAUAUUGCGAAGAACAUGGACCUGGAGGACGAUCCGGGGGAGUUGGUCAAUCCGAGCGCGCACGCACAGCUGUACUGCAUCGAGUGCCAGGUGAUUGCGACCUGCUACUGCCCGGACUGCGAAGACUGCUUCUGCGAGAACUGCUUCGAGCGGCUGCACAGCAAGGGUAACCGGCACAAGCACGAGCCAAACCACUUGAUUCCCUGCUGUCUCUGCCGCGCGUUCCCGGCCAAACUGCAGUGCACCUACACCUUCGGCAACUACUGCCACGAGUGCUACGCCCGCAAGCACGUGAAGACCCUGCCGAAGUUUCUGGACCUGAAGCCACUGCGAAUCGACUACACGGCGAAGAGGAAACCGGCACCCGCGCCACCUCAGAACGCCGGUGCGGGUGCGCCGGAAGCGGGUGGCGCCGCGGCAGGAGGAGCCGCGGGCGGGGCCGCCGCACCGGGAGCAGGCGCUGCUGCACCGAAUCUGAACGCGCCGUCGGGCGGGGUCACCCGUGUGUGGGCCUUGGGAGAAGUGAAUCCGGCGUACGAGGCGCAGGAGGGGUUUUCCAAGCGCGCACCCAUACAGACCACGCUCGGCGAGGAGUGGCACGCGUUCUACGACUUGCGAGGCGUCAAGUACUACUACAACUUCUCCUCCGGCGAGUCUAUGCGGAGGCCGCACGAACGGUUCAUCGACAUCGCAAUCGAAAAGGACGUAUCCUGUGCAAAAGUAUCGCACUCGUAGUAAUCGCAGUCAUGCAUUACAAAUCUCCAUCUUAACCGAAAUCCGCAUUACAAAUUCGAUUUUUCAUGCUGAGGGAAUUUGUCAUGCGAUUUAUACUAGUACGAUGCUUUUGCAUUGCAUAGGACGCGGAGGUCGAGAGGGAGAUCGAAUGGACGCCGGAAAUGAAGGAAGUGGUGCGGCAGAUGGCGGUCAGUAAGGAUAUCCUGAGUAAAAACGUACCCACACCAGAGUCAGGAUGGGGAUUUUGCAACACAAAGCUAGGAGUUUUGUGAGUCACGCAUGACAAGUUGCACUCUGCAGUGUAGUGCGGGUUAGCAAGUGCAGCCGCAUCACAGAUUCGUCUGCUCAUCCUGUUCACAGCAUCACAAAUUCCAAAAUACGACUGGGAAUGGCUCUCAUGCGGAUGCGCAUUACAAGUCUUCCUGUCUUUGCAAAUCUGCAUUACAACUCUGGCGUGGGUACGUUUUUACUCAGGAUAAAGGAGGGCAGAAAAUUAGCCGCCUUCGGCGCAGGCUUAGGGCCCGGAGCGGGGUGA